AUGAAGUUCUCGCUUUCCCUUCUCACCCUCCUUUCGGGCAACAUUUUUGCCAAUGCCUUUCCUUCAUCUCUUCAUCACAGACACCUCGAAGGCCUCACUCCCGAAAAGCUGAAUGCGGCUAUUCGAUCGGUGGAGGAGUACAAGCAUGCCAAGAGACUUCUCGUUGAUGUAAAGAAACCCAUUGACAUCACUGGCAAACACGCCUUCCAAGCUCCCAAGAAGGACGACCAGCGCGGACCGUGUCCUGGACUCAAUGCUCUGGCUAACCAUGGAUACAUCUCUCGUGAUGGUGUCACCAGCUUCGUGGAAGUGGUGGCGGCCAUCAACCAAGAGCUGGCUCUCGUUCUCGGUAUCAUGGGUACUGUCUGGACAGGAAACCCACUAUCGUUGGAUCCUGGUUUCUCCAUCGGAGGCCCCACUGCUGGCACGAACAACAUCCUAGGAAACCUGCUUGGUCUUCUCGGUAAACCUCGAGGUCUUCAAGGUUCGCACAACUGGAUCGAGUCGGACUCAUCGCUCACGCGCGACGACCUUUACGUGACUGGUGAUGCUUGGACAAUGAACAUGACACUUUUCCGCGACUUCCACGAUCGUGCCGAUGAGAACGGUGUUCUCUCCAUGGAUCUGCUGGCCGACCAAGCUGCCCGCCGCUGGGAGUACAGCGUCGCCCACAACCCCAACUUCUAUUAUGGGCCCGUCACUGGCAUGGUCAGCCGUAACGCUGGCUACUUCUUCCUCGGUCGUCUGCUCUCGAACCACACAGCUGAGCACCCCGAUGGUGUUCUUACCCAAGAGAUCUUCCGCAAGUUCUUUGCCGUCUACGAGUGUGCAAACGGAACCUUGGAGUAUCGUAAGGGCCACGAGACAAUCCCCGAGAACUGGUACCGAAAGCCGGUGGAGUACGGCCUCAUUCCACUGAACUUGGACAUCAUUUCGUGGGUCGCAAAGCAUCCAGUCCUUGGCAGCAUCGGCGGCAACACCGGCACCGUUAACUCCUUCACCGGCCUCGAUCUCCACAAUGUCACUGGCGGUGUCCUUAACGCAGCCUCCCUGCUCGAGAACAACAAUCUCCUGUGCUUCGUGUUCGAAUUGCUCAAGACAUUCCUGCCCAACUCGCUUUCUCCACUGCUGUCGACCCUCGAAGUCCCGAUCAGCUUGGUGACGGACACCCUGGCGUCGCCGCUGUUGAGCCUCGCGUGCCCAGCAUGGAAGGACAUGACCGAGGGUGGCGAGCCGCUAUGGGACGGUAUACAAAACACCUUUGCUGGUGCGCGCAAGGCGGGUUCAAGCCUCUAG